AUGUCAGACGCGAACGAUGUUGUCUCGAUGCUGGCUGGCGAAGAAAAAGGGCGACGGACGCUUGGUUCGCGCUACCUUAAAUAUAACCCUUUCAAAAUCACUGGGUGUAAUAAUAUGGGUAAGGAGAAAGAGACUGCCAGACUAUUACUGACUAAAGACCACCCCGUUCCUUCUCCUGUUCCGGACUUUUGUUGUCAGGAUAAAAUCAUCAAAUCACUUCUCCCGCCCAGGGGUAAGGAGAAAGAGACUGCCAGACUAUUACUGACUAAAGACCACCCCGUUCCUUCUCCUGUUCCGGACUUUUGUUGUCAGGAUAAAAUCAUCAAAUCACUUCUCCCGCCCAGGGGUAAGGAGAAAGAGACUGCCAGACUAUUACUGACUAAAGACCACCCCGUUCCUUCUCCUGUUCCGGACUUUUGUUGUCAGGAUAUAAUCAUCAAAUCACUUCUCCCGCCCAGGGGUAAGGAGAAAGAGACUGCCAGACUAUUACUGACUAAAGACCACCCCGUUCCUUCUCCUGUUCCGGACUUUUGUUGUCAGGGUAAAAUCAUCAAAUCACUUCUCCCGCCCAGGGAUCAGUCUGAUGGUUCACUGUCACCCAGGGCAGAUGACAAAUCCAGAGGCCAUUCACCCGCCCCGAGUGAAGGUUGUGCCCGUUACCGCGAGCUAUGCUACCGUGCUGCGCACGCGCAUCUACCAGAGGAUGUAGCCCCACGCCCUUGCGACUGCGUCAACUGCACUUCCAGACGUCAUUCAGCUAACGCCCCAUGAGAUACGGCUUCCGUGGCCACCACAGCCGCACUCACGAGACCCAUACCCGCGCUACCAAAUGAACUUAUACGUAGACAAUGAAAUUCUCGCUAUAAUAAUAGAGAUGCACAUAAUGUAUUUAUCAAACAUAUGGUACUUGUGACUCCUCUGGUGUUGCAGGAGGCCGCGAGCCUAGCCAAUUGCUUACUAUUAUGUGACGUCAGCACGUUCGCUCCUUAUUUCAUAAAACAGGACGGCGAACCAGUUUAGUAAAGUAGAUUUUAAUUCCAAAAAUUUGCACAAAAUUUAUCGAUACUUACGGAUUUCAUGUGUAUUAUUAUGUUUGAACAGCAUUAUUCGGUUGCAGUGCACGUGGCCACUUUUCACAUCACCCUUGUUAAAUGGUAUUUUAGUGAACUUCAGUUUUAAUAAUAAAACAAUAUCGUCAAUUCUGGCAGCACAAUUAUCAAUUUUGUAAGUAGUAAAGCCAAUUUAAGUUUUUGUCCUCCACUCGCAGUACAUGACGUUACGAAUGUUUUUCAAUAAACAUUGUAAACACUUAAUAU